UGGCUGUUGGGGGAAGUGUCCCGCCUCCUCUUGAAUUCCACAGUGGUACUCUGCCCCCAUUGGUCCAGCAGGUUAGAGUCCGGAGAACAACAAACAAGAUAGGGUGAAGAUCGUCGGGAUGGAUGCAGCUACUUUAACAUACGACACACUUCGCUUUGGAGAGUUUGAAGAUUUUCCCGAGACCUCGGACCCUGUGUGGAUCUUGGGGAAGGAAUACAAUGCACUUACAGAGAAAGAUGACAUCCUGUCAGAUGUCACGUCCCGACUGUGGUUCACCUACAGGAAAAACUUCCCCCCCAUCGGAGGCACCGGCCCGACGUCAGACACGGGAUGGGGGUGCAUGCUGCGGUGUGGCCAGAUGAUUCUCGGACAGGCGCUGAUGUGUAGACACCUGGGCAGAGACUGGAGAUGGGCCAGAGACCAGAAACAAAGAGAAGAGUACAUCAGCAUUCUCAACGCCUUCAUAGACAAAAAGGACAGCUACUAUUCCAUCCAUCAAAUCGCCCAGAUGGGAGUGGGAGAGGGAAAGCCUAUCGGUCAGUGGUAUGGACCUAACACAGUCGCCCAGGUUCUGAAGAAGCUGGCUGUAUUCGAUACGUGGAGCAGAUUAGUUGUCCACGUGGCGAUGGACAACACUGUGAUCAUCGAGGAGAUCAAGCGACUUUGCAUGCCGUGGCUGGACCUAGCAGGUGAAGCGGAGGGAGAGGGCGAGGUCAAUGGCUGUCUGGAGGGAGCGUGCGCUCUGGCUGAGGAGGAGACGGCUCUGUGGAAACCCCUGGUUCUGCUCAUCCCGCUCAGGCUGGGCCUGAGUGACAUCAAUGAGGCCUACAUUGAAACCCUCAAGCAAUGCUUCAUGCUGCCUCAGUCCCUGGGUGUUAUUGGGGGGAAACCCAACAGUGCCCAUUACUUCAUUGGUUAUGUCGGAGAGGAGCUCGUCUAUUUAGACCCGCACACCACGCAGCCUGCCGUGGAGCCGUGUGAGGACAGCCAGGUCCCUGAUGAGACCUACCAUUGCCAGCACCCGCCCUGCCGCAUGCACAUCUGUGAGCUGGACCCAUCCAUCGCAGCGGGUUUCUUCUGCAACACAGAGGAUGAUUUCGAUGACUGGUGUAUGCGCAUACGAAGGUUGUCCUGCAAGAAAGGAGGUCUGCCCAUGUUCGAGUUGGUAGACAGUCAGCCCGUCCACAUGGUCAGCGUCGACGCCCUUAACCUUACUCCCGAUUUCUCGGACUCAGACAGGCUGGAACGGUUCUUUGACUCGGAGGACGAGGAGUUUGAAAUCUUGUCCCUGUAAGGAACGCAACGGACAAUGAUUUACUGUUCUGAACAGGCGGCGGGUGAUUGGGUCUCUUCUCUGGAUCAGAAGAGAAGCCCGAGGGGGGGUGAACAUUUAUUAGAGACCUCUUGAGCCAGUCCAGCUCCAGUGGCGCAGUCGGUGGGUGGUAACGGCGUUCCUCUCAUCAGCCUCCAGACGCCGCGUCCCGACAUCCAGACUGCCCCGUGGAAGCUGUAGCAGGAGCUCAGGAUCAAUUCUGUAUGCACAUCUUCACAUGCGUGUGUUCUCUUUUUUUUUUUUUUUUUCAUUUAAGUCUUAACACUUUCAAUGUUUAUGCUGAAGUGAUCUGGUGCCUUUCCCCCGAGUCCAGAAGUAAAAAUUGCCAUGGCGGUUUUCUGUUGAAUAGUCCCGGAGUGGCUAACGACGCCUGUGGCUUCCGCAGUUUGUCCACUAAUAUCUAAGGUCUGUAACAGCCUGGAACUAAACCAAACCCACAAAGGCAAGGUGUGUUAGCUGCUGACGCAAAGUAUCCUUGCCAAGACUAGAACAUACACCCCUUUUGGUUUAAAAGUUAUUUAUUUAAUCAAAGCGUAUAGGCAAGUGAUGGGACAACAGACAUGUAAGAGGACUAAAAAUAAAUCACAACUGUUUCUCUC